AUGGCAGCAUAUCACCUCAACCUUGGAAUAAACCUGUUCUGCAACUCCUCCGCUCAGAAGGCCAUCGUGGGGUUGAAUAGGCAUGUUGCCCUUCUUAUCAUGUCUAGCGCAUUGUGCACCGGCGCGUCCUUUGCGAUAUUAAGCACUCUUCCGCUUCAUCUGGGGAGAAAUUACCGCCUAAAUCCUUUGCAGAUUGGCUUGUACUUUCUUCCAUUUACGCUAGGAGCUAUUAUCACUCGCUGGAAUGUCGGAAUCCUGCUUGAUCGGAAUUUCAAGCGACAGGCCCGUAAGGUCGGGGAGGACAUUCGAUCAAACCAGGAGAUACAGCGUGAAUCCCAUCGCAUGCCGCUAGAAAAGGCUCGAGUGCAGGUGGCAUUACCAUUUUUGUAUCUUUCAUGCCUCGUCAUAAUAGGGUACGGUUGGGUCAUGGAGUACAACGUGCAUCUUGCUGGUCCCUUGGUCAUGCUGUUUCUAUACGGCAAUACCACAACCGCGAUCAAUAACUGCAUCAAUAACCUGGUGGUUAAUUUGAAUCCCAAUCGUCCUGCUGCUACCAUUGCCUCCGUGAAUACUAUCAGACACCUUACAUCCGCAGGAGCUGUUGCGACAGCGGUUCCACUGAUUGAUGCCGUAGGCAUUGGCUGGGUCGGCACCUUCAUUGCUGCUUUGUGCUUUCUUGGAUCAACAACUUUGUGGAGUGUGUAUAUAAAAGGACAGAGAUGGAGACAGGAGCAUAUUUUCGAAGAGGACUAA